AUUUUUUCUUAAUAGAAUGCCCUACUAUGCAGUGGCUAAUGGUGGUAGGAAUGGAGUUUAUGACAAUUGGGAGGAUUGUAAGGAGCAAGUUAACGGAUAUUCUAAUAACAAGUAUAAAAAAUUUGAUACACCCGACCAAGCUUGGAACUUUGUUGACCAACAUUCCUCAAAAGGAAAUAAUGAGAAAUUAUUUGAUAGCAACAAAGCUGUAGCUUGUCGAAAUGACAAUCAAGUUGCGAUAAGGGACAAUUAUCAGAGGGAAACUAGCAGCUAUCAACGUACUGAUUAUACGGAAGGAAGAGACUCCGUCAUCGUACGCGAACGUUCUUACAGGAGUGGUAAAGAUGGAAGCGGAUAUUAUGUUGAGAAAUAUACACGCACACUGGAAAAAUAAUGAUGACGACGAUGACGACGACAACGACAACGACGACGACGACGACGAUGAUGACGAUGACGAUGACGAUGACG